AUGGGAUAUUCCCGUUGCUGUGAAGUCGUUGCUAUUAGAAACAUCAACAAUGCUCUAUGGAUGCUUAAGAAUAAUAAUGCUGAGAAAAACGUGCCGCCACGUCCUUCCUCUGUUGCUAUUACGUUAACUUCUGCGGAAAGCUCCGAUAACAUCACACUUCCACGAAUGACAACCAACAUAGCAAGAAUGCGCUCACCAACACAUUCUCCACUCACACCAGUUGGUACUCCUGAAAGUAAGCCUCGCAGUGCAGAGUCCUUCCACAAAACUUCGGCAUCAGGCAGAACUAUCGAGCCUUUUGCAGAUAUAAUGAUAUUACCAAAAGAUGUCAACGAGAACAAUGAAAUCUCAGCAGAAGAUCAGUCCUGCAUUGGAAUGACUGGCUCUGAACUUUUAAAAAAUCUACCAAAAGGCGUAUCGGCUUGUCCUUUCUUGGAACACGGAUGUCAUAAGGUUGGAACCGAAAUGGAAGUAAAACUACAUGUCCGGGAUGACAGAAUUUUCCAUCUUGUCCUACUCUGUCGUGCAGUUAUACAACUGAAAAAGGCAUAUAUUGAAUCUAUCCGAGAAAAACCUCUGGAGAUCGCAGAAUUAGAGCGGAGACUCAUCCCAGCUCAUUGGAUAGUGAAGAAAUUUGGGCCACAAUGCCUUUUUCACAUCCCAAUGAUACAUAAUGUAAUCCGUGAUGUAAGAAAAUCAGGUCGGAACCUGAUAUUCAGUCAACCAUUCGAAACACAUCGUUUUGGUUACAAAAUGACUGUUAUGGUGGCUCCGUAUGGAGAUGCUGAGGUGGCUCGAGAAUAUAUUUCUGUCUACGUGGCGAUCGUCAGAAGUGAUUACGAUCCAAUACAGCGAUGGCCGUUCUCGUUUCCGAUAACUUUCACGAUGAUGGCAGCGGAUCCUGCUAAAAAUUUGGAGAGGACAUUCAUCCCGAAUCCUACAAAGGAAAAUAAUGCAUUUCUUGGUCGGCCUGAAGGUGCACGAAAUGCAGCAUUUGGAAUACAGCGCUUCUGCAAACUUAUCGAUUUGAACAACUACACUAUUUGUAACGACCUAUUUCUUGGUGUAUAUGUGGAUUUGAGCACACUUUACACUGAACCCACACCACGAAUGCCAUCGGAUCUACUUUAA